GGCAGGCUCGGGCGCGCGCGCUCAGGUCCGAAUGUUGUGAAUAAAAUGCGCCGUUUGUUACACCCCGGCGGCGCAGGCAGCUCUUAAAGGACCAGAGACCCGGGGUCGCCGGCGCCUUCUUCGACCUCCCCGGCUGUGGGGGCAACUCGGAGGCGGCUGCAGCUCUGCAAGCGCCAAGGAAAACAAAGAAGCAACCGGAAACAGCCGUGGGGGGCGCGGGCACGGGGCUCGGAGCCGGCGCCCAGGAACCACGGCAGAAAGGAGGGCUGAUGUGGGGUGCAGCUGCACCCAGAGAAGUGGAGCAAGCGGGCAGAUCCCAAAGAACCAGUGUGGAACUGCGUUUGGAGUGUGAGAUCCAGCAUCACCUUUUGCCUUGUGAACAUCCCCAAUGCGACCAUGGGAACUGGCAGUGAAUAGGUGGCCUCCUGUCCCAUUUGACCAGCAACAAUUCCCAGGGGAGAGCUGUGGCAGCCCAGCACACCUCAGGAGAAGCCCUCCUUUCCGGCACCACUGGGGCCGACGUGAGCGACCUCUACAAACUCUCCUAGCCCAGGAUGAGAACUACUUGCACCCGGCUUUUUUCCAGCAGCAGCAGCCACAGCCACAAGUCUCUGUAGAUGAGCACCCAGCGUAUGUUCUGGCCACCACGCCACCACGAAUGCUUCACCCAGCGGCACACACAUCCCACCAGCAUCCAUUCAUGGUGGAUCUCCAUGACCAGGUGCAUCAGGGAGCUGUCCCUCUCUCCUACACGGUGACCACAGUAACAACACAAGGCUUCCCCAUUCACACUAGCCAGCACAUACCUGGCUGCAGUGCGCAGCAGCUCCCAGCAUGCUCAGUGAUGUUCAGUGGACAGCACUAUCCACUCUGCUGCCUCCCACCCCCUCUGAUCCAGGCCUGUGCCAUGCAGCAACUCCAUGUCUCUUAUCAAACAUUCCCACCACUCAUUUCCAGUGAUCAUUAUAUCCUGCAUCCUCCACCACCUGUGCCACCACACCAGCCUCCACAUAUGACAGCCCUCGGCCAGUUUGUCCCACUCCAGCCACAGCAUCCUCGCAUGCCACUUCAGAGGAUAGAAAACGAGGUAGAGCUUCGGGGUGAACAGCACUCAAUGGGGGGCUUCUCGUAUUCUCCUUCCCACCAUACUCCUGCCUUGUCUCCCUCUGUACCAUUGUAUCUUCCACACACACACGACCCACUUCACCAAGAACUGCCGUUUGGAGUGCCAUAUCCACAUAUGAUGCCCCGGCGGCUGAAUUCCCAGCGAUACAGAUUACAGCAACCACUGCCUCCUCCGCCACCUCCACCACCGCCAUAUUACCCAAGCUUCCUGCCAUACUUUCUUUCAAUGCUUCCUGUGUCGCCAACAGCUGUGGGGCCCACAAUAAGUUUGGACUUGGAUGUGGAUGAUGUAGAGAUGGAAAACUAUGAGGCAUUACUGAAUUUAGCUGAAAGAUUAGGGGAGGCCAAGCCACGGGGACUCACCAAAGCAGAUAUUGAGCACCUUCCAUCCUACCGCUUUAACCCAGAGAGCCAUCAGUCCGAGCAAACCUUGUGUGUGGUGUGCUUCAGUGACUUUGAAAUCAGGCAGCUGCUGCGAGUUCUGCCCUGCAACCACGAGUUCCAUGCUAAGUGCAUCGACAAAUGGUUAAAGGCAAACCGCACAUGCCCCAUCUGCCGAGCAGAUGCUUCAGAAGUGCAUCGGGAGGCCGAAUGAGGUUCGUCAAUGCACUGCUGCACAAAUUUACUCCAGGAUACGGACCUUGGACCAGAGGCAUGGGCCAGCCUGUAUGCUUAGCCUCUGGGGCCUCUCCUGGGAUGCGGUGAGAAUAUAAGCAAUGUAUGACACCCCCUCCCCCUCACCCCAUGGCAUGGACUGGGCCUGGUGGUUGAGCCAGCUCUGCGGUGUCAUGCUUUGUAGGGGGAGGCAUCCCCAUGUGCUCUGCACUCCAAAGACUCGCCAUCCUUGCACCAUUGUUUUCCAGGUGUUUGCAUUCCUUCUUGGUUUGGGGUUUUCCUUUCCUGUUUGGUUUUGUGGCUGUCUGACCUAGAUUUUUAUCCGAAUUCAUUCCUUUCUGGCAGAGCCAGAUUUGGGGGCCUUGAAAGCAGAACAGCUCCAAGGGAGAGGGGAAGAAGUGCCUGCUUCAACCCCACCACCUGCUUGCCUAGAGUACAGUGUUGCAAGAUAGUAGCGGGGGAGUAUGUUGGUUGCAACACUGAUGUAAGCCACUUGAGGCCUUGCCAAAAAAAACAUCUGUGGCUGUCUCCACGCUAAUCAUGGCCCACUGGCCCAGGACCACCCUGUGUUUUUCCCUACACAUGCACAGAAUAGUCCCACCAGCGUCUCAGACUCUCCCUCCCCUUGCAUGCCUGCAAUGUUGGGUGGAGUUCAGGGUUGUUCUCACAAGUUGCACAGUGAGGUAAAGAAAAAUGGGCCUAAACUUAAGUCCAGCAAUAUUCUGCUGCAAGGCAGUUUUGGGGGAAAGACCCAUUUCCCCCCAGAAAGCUCGAAAGAGAGGAGGAGUAUGCAAGUGAAAAUCCCUACAAUAAAACAGCCGGCUCUGUUUAUUACAUACUUAAUGAAAUGAAGGCUUGUGGCUUGUGUUUUGAGAUACAGAAUCAUGUAAUAAUUGAUGUGUCUUCCUUUUAUUUUCCUUUUGCACACUCAGACCCCAGAUAAUUAUCCUAGUAAUACAUUUGGGUUGCUAUUCCUUCUUGGCACCCAUCUCCAGAAAGCAUCUCUCCUCCAUCCAGUUUUUGAGUAUCCCCUGCAGACUGCCUGCAUGUGCUCUCCCUCCCUCCCCCGGUGUAGGGGAGGGAGAGAUGCCCAGCAGACUGAGGCAAAAGCCUUCAACUACCCUUCCUCAGUUCUCUGUCCUAGCUAAGCCCUGAUCAGAGUUGUUGGGCAGUUCCAGAGGACUCGGUGAUAGGAUCCUGGGCAGAGAGAGCAGGCAGGAAUUAUUUUUCUUAUUAUUUACCCUUGCACUAGCUGUUAUGGAGAAAGCCUUUCUGGCAAUCAUUCCUCCCUUCCGAGGCUGUAUGCAGUGCUGCGCAUCGGCUUCCACAGGGCCAGGAAGGCCUUUUCAUCCUAUCUUUUUCAAUCUCUUCCCUUCUUCCUCUUCACAUUUGGCCUCCUGAUGCUCAUCCUGAUGAGCUUUUCUGUAUGGCCAGAUGCUUGUGCGCUCGGUCAGGAACUAUGGCCAAUUUGGCCAUGACACUCAAGCUGUGUGCCUUCUUGUGUCUGCACACACACACACACUCUCCUACCUAAAAUACCUGCUGAUUUGAAGCAAGAAAGCAACCAACCUGCCACCCUGUUACAGAAACCUGUUAUCAUAAAAGUAAUAAAUUUAAAAAUUGUUUUGCAUGAUUAUACCAUGGAAUAAGAGAGAAGCCCUCGCCGUUUAGUUGGUUUGUGUCUGAAGCCUGGAAGAAUCAGAGAAGAUGAUAAAAAUCUAAUGUAAAUGUUCACAAAUUAUGCAUGCAUGUUAUGACCAGCUUGGAACUUGGUAUUGGCUAUCUCUCUAGCCAGCUGUGGGGUGAUGGGGUGGGUGGGAAUGAGGGGGUUCUUUGUGCUCAGCUGAUUACUGCCAUGCACUGUACUGCACAUGUCCGCAACGCCUCACAAGGACCGUUAACGCUUUUCAGGGCAUUUCUCUCCCCUUCCUCCCCUCCAAAUUAAAGAUUGGUUUAAAACCAGGUUGGGUUAGGAGGCAGCAUAGUUUUAGUAGAGAGCCAGUUUGGUGUAGUGGUUAAGGCAUCUGGCUAGAAACUGGGAGACCGUGAGUUCUGAUUCUGCUUUACAGUAUAUACAAAGCCAGGUUGGUGGUCUUGGGCCAGUCAUACUCCUCAGCCCAAGGGAGGAAGCAACGGCAAACAACUCCUGAAAUCUUACCAAGAAAACUAGAGGGCCUUGUCCAGCCAUUCGUCAGGAGUCCACACUAACUUAAAGACGCACGCAUAUUCGUAUACACAAACGGUUUUAGUGGACUUAAUUUGAGGUAGACUUGCAAGGCUUAAGGGCAGAACUCUUCUGCGUUAAUAGCUGCCUUGGAAGGAGGACUCUGGCAGGGUCAGUUUCUCCUUCAUGGUGCUGCAGAAGUAGGAGAAAAGGGACUUGCUGACCACUCCUCCUCCCUUCCUCCCUUCCUUGCCUGGUUUAUCUUGUCCUGCAUCAACUAGUAAUACUCCAGGGUAAGUUUGGCAGUGUCGUAAUCGGUCUCUGCCUAUCCGCAGUAGUGUAUUUGUGCUAUCUUUCAGUUUGAUGGGAUCUUCUGCCCUCCCUCAGUGAUACUCCUCCAAAUGGUAAACCCAGAUUAAUGGUUAGAUCUCGACUCUUUCCCUUCAAAGUGGGGGCAACAGAUAGGAACAGGGACUGCAAGGGAGCCUAAGGCCAAGGCCAGGAAGCAAGGCCCUGAGCCUUUCUGCCAUCUUCUUUGUGCGCUGACUUCCCAAUUGUUCUUGGUAAGAGGGCCUGAUGAAUUUAUGGAACAGCUAAGCAGGGCUCUACUUAGGGCCAUGUGGAUGCAAGGGAACAGUGACAAAUAGCUCAGGCAGCGUGAUAUCCCACAAGUCUGGGAGGGCUCAAAUCAGCCAAGAAGAGAGAAGGGCUAAUAAUGAGAAGCGCAGCUUCUGUGUCCACUUUUUCCUGUGAAGAUGGAUAGUGGCUGGAGGGUGUGUGGCUCUGGUGCCAUGUAGCUGUCAUUUUUUUCUGAACAUGCCAGCUCUCAGCAAUAUAUUUACCUCUAAAAGUAGGAGAAAAACUUUGGGAUGUGGCUGUGGCCAGUUGGCCUUUUGCCACUCAUCCCGAUAGCCAUGUCUGGUGAGGCAACCAGUUUCUUCCCCAGCAGUUGUUGAGAUUCUUCACCCAGCUGAGGGGAGGUGAUCCUCAGGGUGCAAGGAGGAAGAAAAUGAGAAGGAGGCGCACAAACUUUAGUUUUGUGCUUCUUUUAUCAUAAGUGACAGUAGUAGUGCUUAGUAAUACAGUUCGUCCCUCACUUGGAACCAUUUGUUUAAUGACUAUUUGAAAUUACGACGAAGCUGAAAAAAUAGGGCUUUAUGACAGGUCCUCAAGCUGAGUGACUGUUGUGGUACCCCCAGCAGUCAUUAAGCACGAUUUGUAUGCUUGGCAAUCAGCAUGUAUGUACGAUAGUUGCAGUGUUCCUGGGGUCACUUGCAAUCUUUCCAGCGGGCUUCCGACAAGCAAAAUCAAUGGAGAAAGCCAGAUUCACUUUAAUGACAAUGGCAAAAAAGGUCGUAAAAGCGGGUGUGACUCAGUGACCUCACUGCUUAGCAACGGAAGUUAGUCCCAAUUAUGGUCGUAAAUCAAGGGCUAUCGUAAAGCUCCUUAGUUCCUGCAAAGACACAGCAAAGCAGGAUGGAUGGACUGGCAGCCCUUGAUUUGAAAGUAGCAGCUGGCUUGCAGAUCGAUCGAUGAAUUAGAAGCUCUGGGCAGGUCCCAGGUUUUUUUCUUGAAUAACAAUCAGUUGUUUCCAUUUGUCAAGAUGAAGAUCAGUGCUACUUUUUAGAAGUCUCUCUCUCCUCCAGCUCUGCUCACCCCACUUACAUUUGGGGGUGGGGGUUGCGGGUUUACAAUGCAUCCGCUCUUGGAUACCCCCAAUAAAGAAUUUCCUCUUUCCCCUCCUCCUUUUCAGAGGGGGAGACUAGCUGCAGUGGGACAUCUAAGCCAGGUCUUGGCCCGGGCACAGGCAGACACCAAGGAACGGGCCGCUUGCCAUCCUCUCCAACUGCACAGACACCAGCAGCUUCUCCUUCCUAGUCCUCCCGUGAUGUGUCACGCUCCCUCUCUCCUGCCAUGUCAAGCCAGUGCCUUGUGUCAGACCCACCUCUUCCCCCAGCCUUUCCCCUUGUUUCACAGCUUUUGAAGGGAGAGAGAGGGAACCAACCCCUUGUUCCAUGUGAUACAAAUAACCAAAGGUCUUUACUGUAUAUAUAUAUAUUAAAAAGUUAAAAAAAAACAAACAAACACGGGAGGUGUUUCUAUAUUUAUAGCCAAUCAGAGUAGUGCCGAUGCCCAUCUGUUUCAGUGUCUCUUCUCCUUCCCCCGCCAUCUUUUCAGAAAGGUUAUUUGGGGGUGGGGAGGGAAGGAAAGCCUUACGGUUCUUCUGACGGUGACUCGAAAGCUCACAGCUCGUGUGCUGCAGAAUUUAUUCCAAGGAGCAGCUAAAAGUUAUCAUGAAAAAAAACAAAAAAAUAUUACUAAAACAUUUAUUUAGGAUGUUUGUGAUUGCUGAUUGCGCUGUAGAUGCCACUGUUUACCAAUGAUUUCCUGUGGUGGGAUAGUGGGCUGUUUACUGUUCUUUUAUACCAGUCCCGUGCCCUCCAGAAGGAUAGCUCAGCUUCACCCUACAAGGAGAGGGGCCUCCCUGUAGGGCACCAGGGCAUUUGUUCUGUGUUAGAAAGUUUAUAUAUAUAUAUAUUAUAUAUAUAUUAUAAAUAUAUAUAUAUAAUUUUUUUUGCUCUGUUACUUGCACAUUUACAGUUACCUCAUUUUUCCCAUGUAUGUAUUUGGAAAAAAAAAGGCUAAUAUAUAGAGAAGGAAAAAAAUAUCUUAAAUCUCUAAAGUGUUUUGUUUUGUUUUAUUCCAUUCCAUUGGAAUCAUAUUGGUUUGUAGCAUUUAACAUAAACUAGUAUGUUGUAUUAUAUAUGUGUAUUAUACUGAUUGAAAUUUUUAACAGAUUUGUACUUUUUUUAAAAUGAAAGUUGCUAGUUCUGCUUGACCAAGUAGUGCAAUCAUUAUUUUUUUUAAUGUUGUGGCUGAUUUUGAGAGGGAUAUUCACUAAUAAAUGUAUGAUGUAUACCAAA